AUGAAACAGUCGAAGCUUAUCCUGAAUGCAGCGGCCAUCAGGGGCCUAUUGCAUCCAAGCAGAAACGAACAUGGAAAGCGUGGCAGUGCGUCGACUUGGGUUGUCCGAUUUUUCAACACACUCUUCGAUACCGUGCUUCAAGAUUUCAUUCAUGUCGCGAAGCUGCAAGUCUCGGCUGCCGGAGAGCGAGAAUCACGGGAAGCCCUGAUGAAAGAGAUGAUGGACCUUGAUCUACACACUUUUCAAAGACAUGUUGACAAGCUACAUGGAGUUGAUAGAGCUUCCACUGUCAGACGACGCCUCACGGCCUGGCUGGAAGGAGAGAGCGAUGAAGAGGGCACAGGCGACCAGGUAGAGCAGCAGGCGCGGCAACUGAUUCGAGAGCAGAUCGACCUUGGGGUCCUGCGAGUCAACCCAAAAUACAACGACAGCUUGGCCUGGGUCGGCGAUGCAGUCUUGGAUGCCUCUCUUGGCCUGCUUGGAGUGGAGAGUGGUUUGCGGCCCAGAGAGCUCGAUCAGCUGCGUCAGAGACUGUUCUGCACAAAGCGCAUGGGUUGUGAUGUUAGUGCCCUCGGCUGGAAACGGAUACGAGAGGCCGCGGAACGUCGAGAGCAGAGAGUUGGGGAGCUCACCAUAGAGCAAAGAGCGGAGUUGACCCAGAUUUAUGAUCGGAUCCUGAGCAAUGCCACUGUUCCCCGUACGGAAGACCCCACGCGCGAACGUUCCUUCAUGUCCGAGAUCAGGAUGUCUGUCAAGGAGGCUCGCACAUCCGCCUCCAACAUCGCAGUUCGAACGAGCGAGUGGCAGGACUAUGGUGAUGGUGGUUGGUAUGCAAGCAAGACAGAACCGACCAAGGCCGACGCGACGAGCGGGAAGAUGGCGAAGGCUGCACCGGAUGCGAAGAUGACAAUGGCCAAGCUACUGCGCGGGCUGGCGAGCUCUGGAGACAAGGCUGCUGCCUCUGUUGGAGAUGUGCUCUUGGCCUACGCCGGUGCUCAUCCCAGGUUGUCCCUGGAUGCGGCCGCCGCUGCAGCGCUGAAAGAGUUGUUGCGGCCGUUGCGAUUGCAAAUCCGGCCGCAAUGGGCCUUGCGGCCUCACCAGGAAGAGGGCUACAGAUGGCUCAUGGCCCGAGCGAGCGCGGGGAUGGGUGCAGUCCUGGCCGAUGCCAUGGGUCUUGGAAAGACGCGUCAGGCUAUCGCCUACAUUCUCGGAGUGCGUGAAGGCUUGCGGAGCCGGGAAGGCCUCGAAGGCAAGGCUGCAGACCCUGGCUCCGUUCCAGAGCUGGCUGGGCCUGCUCGUUUCGAGCGUGCUUUAGUUCUAGCACCGUCCAUGCUGAUCCGCGGCGAGGACAGCGUUUGGCAGCGGGAGCUUCGAGAGGUGAGUGCACAGUGGCAAGAACCUCUGCGUGUGUGGCAGUGGCACGGCGAGCGCGCAUGCGACCUCCGAUACGAGGUGGAGGCAGGGGUGGUCCCGCGUCCAAUCAGCCGGGCACUGCAGAGGGCCCAAAGGGAUGCGGAGAGCAAGCUUGCGGACUACCAAGCGGCUGAAGAGACGGCUACAAAAAAGAAAGUAAACGCAGAACGGGCGGCUGCAGAGAAGAUGUCUUUGAUGGAGAACAUGACGGCAAAGGCCACUGAACAACAGGCUCAGGUGGAGAUGAGUCGGAAGGCAAUGGUCGCCGCUGAGGAGGCGGCCUCCAAGCAUGAUGAACACAACGCAGGCUUGGAGAACGCGCUGAGCAAGUUCAACGGCCUGAGUCAAGACGUCGAGGGGCUGCAGGAGAACGUGACCAUGCUGGAAGAGGCCCUCGCAUUGACCCUGGCACGAAUGCAGAAGCACCUUGACGCUGUGAAAGCAUCGACAGCGCAGGCAGCAAGUGAUGCCGAGCAGGCAGCACAGAAGGCGCAGCAGGAGUUGCGAACUUUGCAGGGCGAUUUCGACAGGGCCGUCUCGAAGGCCACGAAGUCUCAGGCAGAGUCCAAGGAAGCUGCAGAUGCCGCGCGCGGUGCCAAGAAGGAUCACGAGGACGGCCAGCAGACGGUGAAGUUGAUCAAGCAACUCCGCCGAGCCGUCGACGAGUUCUACAGUGCAGUCGACGAAGUGGUCUCCAGCGAGCAUUCCGGUUCGUUUGAAGAGGACCCUCUGUUGAAGCCUGUCCUCAAGAAAUACAACAUCAUGGCUGCCAGCUUCAUGAAAGUGCAGAGCGUCGCCCCAGACAAGUACGAGCAGUUGAAGCCCGCCAUCCCGGAGAUCGAGAGGAACUACGAGGGGGCAAUUGCAGUGCAGUGCGACCCAGAGAUGAAGCUGAUGAAUGAGGACCACGAACCCCUUCCGGAGUUUGACGCGCAGUGUGGCAGUGGCCUCUUCACCAAGGUCGGCAUGACGAAGCUGAUCAUCCCAGAGACGCCUGCCUCUCCUGCCGGAGCUUGA